AUGAUAUUCCUUCGUCGUCACCUUCACGAGGAUCUUAAAAAUGAGUAUCUUAUCGUAAUUGACUCACAUGUCUUGUGGAAAAAUUUGAAAGAUAGAUAUGAUCAUCAAAAAACGGUUAUCCUACCAAAAGCUCGAUAUGAAUGGAUGCAUUUACAUUUGCAGGAUUUUAAAAGUGUAAGUGAUUAUAAUUCUUCGAUGUUUAGAAUAACUUCUAAGUUAUUAUUAUGUGGAGAAAAAGUAACUGAUGAAGAUAUGCUAGAAAAAACAUUUUCCACUUUUCAUGCAUCCAAUGUGCUCCUGCAGCAGCAGUAUCGAGAAAAGGGGUUUAUUAAAUAUUUUGACCUAAUAUCUUGUCUUCUUGUGGCUGAGCAAAAUAAUGAAGUAUUGAUGAAAAAUCACGAGGCACGUCCCACUGGUACAACUCUAUUCCCAGAAGUCAAUAUGGCAAGGCACGACCACUAUAAGAAAAAUCCUGGUCGCGGUCGUGCAUACGCACAUGGUCGUGGUCGUAACUAUGCUCAUGGUCUUCGUUUUGAUCGUGGUCGCAAUGGGAAUCAUAAAAACACAUUUCCACCCGAAGUGGAAAAAUGUUGA